AUGGCAUCUCCCGUCGGAGCUUAUUCAUCUGGUACAAGCUCUCUUCAAAACUCUGGAUCUGGAUCAGAGGGAGAUAUGAAUAUGAUUCCCAUGCAGGUGAAUAUAACAGAUCAAAAGAAGAGGAAGAGAAUGCAAUCAAAUCGAGAAUCAGCACGAAGAUCAAGGAUGAAGAAACAGCAACACAUGGAAGGUCUUACUGCACAAAUCGAAGAGCUGAAAAAAGAGAAUAAUCAAAUAACAGCAAACGUAGGGAUAACUACUCAGAUGUACAUGAACGUUGAAUCUGAGAAUGCAAUUCUUAGGGUUCAGAUGGCUGAACUAAGCAACAGAUUGCAAUCACUCAAUGAUAUUAUCCACUACAUUGAAUCAAGUAAUUCACUGUUUCAGGAAACGGAUCAGUUCUUCAAUGAUUGUGGAUUCUUCGAAACGUGGAACACUUUUCCGGUUAAUCAAACGAUUAUGGCCUCUAAUGAUAUGUUGAUGUAUUGA